CUUUACUGCGUAGUUUAGAAUCAGAUUCGUAACGUAGCUUCAUCGUCGCCGUCGUCGUCGUUGCAUCAAGAGAGGGCCCUGUACUUUGUGUCUUCGAGAACAACUGCUUGUACCCCAUCGGAUUCCUCUCAGGGUUUGGUUAGCUCGCCUGAUUGCCACCAACUUGCUCCAAGGACGACGCCAACGACAUUAAGUAGACACUCAUCGAGUUAGCAACGCAAAAAGAUCCAGAGUCUUCAAACAGUUCGUGCCUAACACACUAGAAACACUUACAUUCAUAGUAACAUUCAACAUGAAGUGGAGGUUUAAGGAAGAAAACCCCUUUGAGAAGCGCCAAGCUGAGGGCGAAAAGAUCCGUCGCAAAUAUCCGGACCGUGUGCCUGUCAUCGUGGAAAAAGAUCCCAAGGCCAGGAUAUCGGAUUUGGACAAGAAAAAGUUCCUGGUGCCCACCGACCUGACGGUGGGCCAGUUCUACUUCCUGAUCCGCAAACGCAUCCAACUUCGACCCGAGGACGCCCUCUUCUUCUUUGUCAAUAACGUGAUCCCACCCACUUCGGCCACCAUGGGCUCCUUGUACCAGGAACAUCAUGAAGAGGAUUUCUUUAUGUACGUGGCGUUUUCGGAUGAGAGUGUCUAUGGUCAGGACGAGGAAUCCUCUUAAAUGCACUCACAUGACGCAAUCUCUCCUGACUCAUCCUUCAUCGACCUACCUAUCAUCCUUGUCAAGUAUCUGGGGGAUGUCAAUAUGUCAAUUUGGGACCUUUUGGAGGAGGAGGAUGGCAAAGGUCAAGUUUCAGUGGGGAUGAAGGAUCGUUUCUGGCUUAAGUUUUGUGUUCAUAAUAGAGUUCGUUCCUCACUUGAUCCAUGGCCCAACAACCAUUAGUGCACCCUCAUACUUUCAUUGACCCUCUUAACCAACAGAAAAUAGCAUUAAAUCACGAUUCAUGAAACGAAAAAAACACCAACCAACGGUGAUGUAGUCUGAAAAUCCCCACAAGAUAAGAAGAAAUACAUGCUGUCACCAGGAUUGGCUUCCGAUCUGGGAGCUUUGGUCUCGAGAAUCCUGGUUGAACGUCGAAGAAAAACACACAAAAAAAAACAAUCAGUACUGUAUUUGGGUAUUAUGCUAUAUUUCUCGUUCAAGAAGACUCGCUAAUUAUUCCAGGAUAAUUAAGCAAAGUGUUAGCGAGAAUUCUUAGUUCUUUUUGAGUUGCUGCCCAAUCAAUGUCGAAGAGGGCCUAUUCUGUUUCCAUUGUGUCAAUAAAUUCUUUGUCUAGAUGA